UCUACGAUAAACGCAUUUAAGGAGACUUCGCUGUACCCUCGAUACGUAACGUUUCCCAGGGAUAAUACGCACCCAGAAACGUCAACCAGACAUUUGUCCCAAUCGUUCGUCUUCCUUCGAUUCCCAACACAGAUUCGCGUCUUCAAGUUUCACCGUCGAAUGUUGCCCUUUGCAUUUUCAUUCGCCCAACCUUGUAAACCACGCUUCGGAGGCCAUGGCGAACGACGUCACGGCAACGUUAAAGGAAACGUCAAAAUGCUUCUACGGCAACCUCGUGAAGUCAACAUCGAGUUGCUCAACGACAUUGCUCCGUUAAGCGAUACAAAAACACGCUUCAACUCCUUGAUGGAACACUUGGAAUUUGAAUGCGACAACGCGCCAGAGAUUUCAGACCGCACCUCCGAUUCUCGGUCUACGUUACGCUGCUUGCAAUCGCUGUGAUCCUGGUCGCGUCGACGGAAUCGAAACCAACCUGGCCACAUCAAUUAUACUUGAGCAGUUACCAGUAUCCUUCGGCAGCCGUAAGCGGGCAAUCGCAACUUCAUCACUAUCGGGACACCUACUCCCCGUAUUACGUUUAUAACGUACAUACGCAAAAUCCUCAGCUGCCCGAAUACAAUUUUUUUUACGGCACUCCCACUUAUGACUUCCGAUUCCCAUUGAGCCCGUUUUAUCCGGCACCUAAACCCUCCGAAUCGAGUCCAGGUUCCAAGCCGACCCCGACAACGCCAACCUCCACGGAUGAAUCAACCGAAGGAAAAGACGACAAGGUGGAAAAGUUGGACACGAAAGUUGAAUCCGAAAAGGAAGACAAAAAAUCAAACGAUGUACAUACGCAAAAUCCUCAACUGUCCGAAUACAAUUUCUUUUACGGCACUCCCGUUUAUGACUUCCGAUUCCCAUUCAGCCCGUUUUAUCCGGCGCUUAAACCCUCCGAAUCGAGUCCAGGUUCCAAGCCGACGUUGACAACAUCAACAUCCAAGGAUGAAUCAACCGAAGGAAAAGACGACAAGGUGGAAAAGUUGGACGCGAAAGUUGAAUCCGAAAAGAAAGAGAAAAAUCUAAGCGACACGGAGGACAAAAACGAUAACGAUAGCAUCACCGUUGACUCGAUAUAACAUUCUUUAUAUUUCACAUGCAUUAAUUUGAAUUAAACAGCGUCGAUCGUA